UGGCCAUGGCUGGGUGGCACCCUGAUGCUGUCCAAAAAGUGUGUGGCCUCCCUUGGGCUCCAACUACAUCCGUCCCCUACUCCAUUCUCGUAGCAUGCUCGUCAUGCUUUGCUUUGCCAUUUGCCCCAUUCCUUAUUCCAGACUUUUAACUUCCUUCCCUCCGUUUUCUUGUCGAAUUUGGGACAACUCCCACCAAGAUCCGCCACCAUUUUCUGUAUCGUUCUUCACAGUGCAUUCUCAAUGGAUUUGCCAGGGUAGGAGGAUAAGGUUCCCAUUUGUGUGGGGAAGAGGGAGGAGCGAUCUCUUGUUGCCGAAUCUCUCUUUCCCGUAUCCAUAUUCCUCUUGCAAAUCUAUCUCAAAAGAGGAGAGGAAGAUACACCAUAUCUUGAUUCCUGAAGAAGAAAGGUGGUGGCAAAAAAAAGGUAUCUAGUCUGUAUUAUUUGAAUCAGCCCCUUUUUUGGUAGGACAAGAAACCGUGAAGCGAAGCGGAGCCUUGCAUAAUUUGAAGAAUGGGGAGGACACCAAAGAAGAAGAAACUAAGCGAAUCGGGGUCGCAGAAAAGCCUAAGAAGCUCAAGGAACAGCAGAUGCAGCGGCGAACAGAGUCCCAAUUCAGCAGUGGACAAAGAUGACCCUGUUUUCAUUGGGCUGGCUCUCGAAUUGAAGGAGGAGGGUACCAAGCUGUUCCAGAGGAGGGACUACGAAGGGGCAGCCUUCAAAUUUGACAAGGCUAUAAGGAUCUUGCCAAAGGGGCACGAUGAUGUUGCCUUCCUCCACUGUAACAUCGCAGCAUGUUACAUGCACAUGAAUCCUGAGGAGUAUCAUCGUGCAAUCGACGAGUGCAAUUCAGCACUGGAAGCAUCACCAAAGUAUGCAAAGGCAUUAUUGAAAAGAGCCCGGUGUUUCGAAGCAUUGGAUAGGCUAGAUCUAGCUAGUAGGGAUGUGCAAAAGGUUCUGAGCUUAGAACCAAACAAUGUGACUGCAUUGGAACUCUCAGAGAGUAUUAGGGAGGUGAUGGAGGAGAAGGACGUUUUGUUGGACAAACAAGUCGUGUCACCGGAUGAGCCUGCGGCCAAUCUUGCAAAAGCGAGGGUACAGAGGAGGGUGUCCCGAAAAUUCAGAAAUUCCAUAGUCGAGGAAGAGGUGUGGGAGAUGAUUCAUGAUGAAGAGGAUCAUGAGAAUGAUGAGGAUCAUGGGAAAGAGGACUGCAGUAGAGAGAACCAUACGAGGAAUGACUUAAGCCAGGAGGAAAAUCACACCGGGGAGAUGCAGGUGAAGCAUAAUCAGGAAAAGCACACUGAAGAGAUCAAAAUCAAUUACGAUCAGCACAAGCGAGGUGCAACCGAUGAAGGGCAGCAACUGCAGCUUGCUUCAUGGGACAUGGAAGAAAUGAAGCUGAAACAGAGGCAUAGCCAAGACAUGCACGAAAAGCAUCUCAAGGAGAUACUGGUGAAAGGUAUUCAGCUUGAGAAGGGAAAGUGUACCAAACAGAAUCGUGUGAGCAGUGUGGAGAAGCGUCAAAAGCCUUUUGAGGUCGGUAGUCAUAGGAAGCAAGAGAAGCAUACACAGGAUAAGUAUGAAAGGUACACCAAUGUCAACCAAGAAAGACACUCUUUAGAGAGGCAUAUAGGCCAUUGCGAGGACAUGCCAGAAAAGCGAAUUACCAUCAAAACAGCAAAUCAUGGUAGAGUCAAGCAUAAAAAAUAUACCGGGGAGAAUCACGAAGAUGUUAGGGAAGGGGCAAGGAAUCAUGUUAAGUUUGUUCUUGAAGAUGACAUUAGGGUUGUUUUAAUUCCAGAAAAUUGUAGUCUGUUGCAAGUAAUGGACAUAGCUCGGUACAAGUACAAUCCCCACCUGAAGUCAUUCCUUCUAAAAUUUAUGGACAAAGAGGGUGACUUGGUGACAAUUACCUCAACCGAAGAUUUAAGGUGGGUCGAGGAAUUAUAUUCAGAAGUGCCAGUUCGGUUGUAUAUAAAGGAGGUUAGUCCCGAGCGUGAGAUCACCAGGGAUCUGGUCAUGCCUACCUCCUCUUCUGCUGUGCAAGAACGAAAUCAUUAUAGCUUCUCUGAGUGUGGAAGCUCAAGGAAGCAAGAUGAAAAGAUCUCUUGUGUUGAUGACUGGAUGAUGCAAUUUGCUCGCCUAUUCAAGAACCACGUUGGUUUCGAUUCUGACGCAUGUGUGGAUCUCCGUGACCUUGGUAUGCGACUUUACUAUGAGGCGAUGGAAGACACCAUCACAAGUGAAGAAGCACAAGAAAUAUUUCAAGCAGCAGAGGCAAAAUUUCAGGAAAUGGCAGCUUUAGCAUUGUUCAAUUGGGGCAACGUCCACAUGUCUCGUGCAAGGAAGCGAUUAUUUUUAUCUGAAGAUGCUUCGAAAGAAUCAAUACUUUCCCAGCUCAAGGAUGCAUAUGAAUGGGCAUGCACUGAAUAUGUCAAAGCUGGGAAGAAGUUUGAAGAUUCUGUGGAUGUAAAGCAAGACUUUUAUGAAGGUCUUAUUGCACUUGGACAGCAACAGUUUGAGCAAGCAAAGCUUUGUUGGCGUUAUGCUGAUACAUGUAAAGUAGACAUGGGAACUGAAGUAUUAGAACUUUUCAAUCAUGCUGAGGACAACAUGGAAAAGGGAAUGGAGAUGUGGGAAGGAAUAGAGCAUUUGCGAGUAAAAGGGCUAUCUAAAUCCAGAAAGGAGAAGAUAGUACUGGAUAAAUUGGGUUUGAAUGAGCAUGGAAAAGAUUUAUCACCAGAUGAAGCCUUUGAGCAAGCCUCAAAUAUGCGCUCACAACUAAACAUUUCGUGGGGAACCAUUCUUUAUGAACGCUCAGUAGUAGAAUUCAAGUUAGGACUUUCUAGCUGGGAGGAUAGUCUACAAGAAGCCAUUGAAAAGUUUAAGACUGGCGGAGCUUCUGUAGCAGAUAUCGGUGUGAUGGUAAAGAACCAUUGCGUGAAUGAGAACACUCAAGAAGGAUUAAGCUUCAAGAUUGAUGAGAUAAUUCAAGCAUGGAAUGAAAUGUACGAUGCUAAAAAGUUGAAAAAUGGUAGUUCUUCUUUCCGUCUUGAACCUUUAUUUAGAAGGAGGCCUUCCAAGCUGCAUAAUAUACUAGAGCACAUACACUAUACGUGUGAGCAUGUAUCAAACAUUGGACUUGGAUGCUGUACGCGUGGAUAAGAAUGUUGAUACUUAUUUCUUGUGCGACAGGUAACUUUAUUUUUUUUAUGGAUAAGUACUUUUGCGCUUAUUCCCAAAU